UACACCCAUCAUCCACCUCACACCACUCUUCAUCCAGCCCGACACCGUUACCACACCAUCGAAGAAUAUUCCACUCGCCUCUGCCAUUAUUCACCCAUCUCUCACGCCGUCGCACCGCUCUCGCUACGUUGCCGCACCCACCGUUAGCGCAAGGGAUUAGCCGGGCUUUGUUUAUGAUCCCUAUCGAACCAACGAUCUCAUAGCGAACAACCCUACGAGUCAUCAUUCACCACACACCCAUCUCAUCAUCAUGGCAAGCCACUACUAUGCCGCACCGCACUACCUCCCGAACCCAACAUCGUUGCACAACAACCAUGGCGGCCACCACGGGCGAAGCCGGCGGGGUCCGAGAGUCAGCUCGCAGAAUGCGCAUCGGCAAUACAAGCCUCACAGGAGUCCCAAGGAGGUCCAGGAGACGACGCCAGCGUACAACGAGUAUCUGCAGCGGUUAGAGGCGGCGAGGAGUUUCGAGUUUGAUGACGACGAGCUAUUCUGCCCCUUCCACCUAUUGACCGAGGAUGAUCUACACUCCAUCCACUCCGCAUCAUCCUCCGACCGCGGCUCGCUCUCUUCCGGCUCACCCGACAACUCUCCUCUGCAGACUCAGGUGCAGCCAACACAAACCCCUUCCUUCCUUCUCUCCAGCGCACCUAAUACGUUCAACCCUGCGCCAACCUCCAACGCAGGCUACCAGCAGCACACAUCUGCCCACCAACACGGGCAGAUGAAGCUCCACCAGCCGCUAGCGCAGCGCACGCGAAACGCCAUCCCCAUCGUGGACCCGUCCACCCGGUCCAUCGCGAGCCCACCGCUCUCCGUCUCGCCAGCACGGCAGAUGCAGCAGCAGUACAUGCCGCGACGCUGGUAGACUCCGCGCAUGCGACAUGUACUGCUGAUGUAACUGCUGCAGCGUUCUGCGGUCGUCGGGGCGGGCGAGGCUCUCGGAUCCACAUACAAUCAUCAGCCGCCUAAUGAGCGACAGGCGACUGCUGAUUAUCGAUACCCCCCUCUCUCGGCACUCUGAAUGAGCCCAUACUUUUGUACAAAUUAUCAUGACUUCAUUCUUCGACAUGGCCUUCGCGCACCUUGGAUGACCGGCGUUGCAGCACAGCAUUACGAAAGCGGAUACAAUCAAGCGAUACACAAAACGGCAUAACGGCAUGGUUCUUCUCUCUUACGGUUUGACUACUACUACUACUACUACUACUACUACUACUACUACUACUACUAUCGCUUCUUGUAUGGUGUCGGUCUGGAGUUUGGUCAUUGUUCCGGCCGGGG